CACACAAAACGAAGAAAACAAAGAGGAAAAAAGAAACACACACACAAAAACACAAAAACACACCGUUUCUACACAGUGCAUUUGAAAGUGUAAAUAAUUGAGGGCACAAAACUUGGCCCUUAUGAGGCGUGUGCGUGUGCGUGUGCGUGUGCAUGUGUGUGUGCCUUAAUUUGAUCAAAAAGGCCAGCAAUAUGUCCUUGCCCUGCAGUAAUCACAACAAUUUGCAACAGUUGUUGUCGCCACAGAACAUAAAUCUGCAUUUGUUUAUCAACUCAAGGGACAACAGUCUAGAUUGAAGCCCGUACAAAAAGAGACUCUGAAAAGGUUAAAGAACUGCAAAUCCACACGGCCACAGAAUGGCAGCAGCAGCCACAGUCAGCAGUCACUCGGUGGCGGAGGCGAAUGAGGGCAAAGCGGAUCUGGUGUGCGAGGAGUGCGAUUAUUAUGGCUCCACGGCCACGAUACUUAUCGAUAGCAGCACUCAAACGGACGGCGAUGAGGAGGAGGAAGAGGAGGAGGAGGAGGAGGACGAUGGUGAAGCGGUGGUGAAGCCCGUUAGGACCAAAUUGGCGCAAAUUGUGGAGGAAGCCGAGGCGGAAGCGGAGGCGGACACACCAGCCACCAAUGGCAUGCGAAAUAUCGAUAGCGAUAGUGUUCGUUGCCCUCCACAUGAUAGUAAUGGCAUCGAUAACGAUAACAGCCUAGAUAUCGAAACAAAUAACGUGAUUGGUGAGGGCCAUGCCUUGGAGGAGGGAAAUAUUGAGGCCGAAGAGGAGCACAUUCCAAAACCCAGUGAAGAUCGGGUGGAAGAUAUGGAAGCCGAAGAAGAAGUGGAACGGGAAGAAGCACAGGAAGAAGAGCAGGAAGAAGAGCAGGAGGUGGAGCUGGAGCUGGAAGAAGUCGAUGAAGACCAAGAUCAGAUCGAUAAUGUGGCCCGUCUCACAGGACUUGCCCUAGAGAUGGGCUAUGCCCGCAUCAUAGACUACGAUAACUUUCGCAUCAUCGAACAUGUCAUCGAAAGCGACGAUGAUGCGGAUGCGGAUGGGGAGGUGGCCCAAGAACCGGCAGCCAGUAGCUCGCAGGAACUGCAGCAGGCCUGCCACGAUUUGGUGACUUUCAUCGGUGAAAGUUAUCAGGUAAUCGAUAGGUCAGGCAAUCACGCCCACUACCAAUCGCCAGCCAUGGUGCCGAUAGUCGAUAACAACAACAAUAAUCGAGCAAGCAACGACAGCCGUGUGGCCCCAGCGACGGGCCGUAAGCAAGCGAAUGGAAUGGCUGGAACGGAGCAACUAAAUCAAAAUCCCUCCACAAGCAGCACAGCCGCUGUGGCAGCAGGGGCCGGGUCCACCAGCAGUGCCCUGAUUAAGGCAUAUAAAUCGAAUCUGACACCAUUGGCGCCGCCCUUUCAGCCAGCCGCAUUGAAGGCCAAGCAACAAUCGGCUGCAGGGGGCACCACCAGCAGCACCAGCAACAUGUCACUUGCAACGACAACCACAUCGCAGAGCAGCUCCAGCACCAGCACCAGCACGCUCUAUGCUGCUUACGAGCAGACAACGGUCUACUAUCAGCAGCAAAUGAUGCCAGUGCCGCAGCAGCAGCAGCUCCCACUCUUGCAACAGCAACAGUUGUCCCCCAAGCAGCAGCAACAGCAACAACAUUGUGCUCAACAUGGUGGCAUGCCGCACAUUCAUUUGCCAGCGGGCACGGGAAAUGGCGCCCAAUUGCUGCCCGUGCAAUUGAUUACCUUGACGCCAACAGCAGGAGGCGCUGCAACGGCAGCAACAGUAGGAGCCACCGCCCCCACAGUGGCUGCAACAGUCGCUAACGGGUCAUCAGCGGUGGCAGCAGCUCCGACAGCGGCAACAUCUUUGACUGGCGCCGCUUGGCCACUUGUGGAGGCGCCAAUUUACAUAGACAUCAAUGGGGAAUAUCGUAGCUUUUGCCCGGCACAUGGACCACCAGCAGGGACGGGGCCAAAUGGCGCCAUAGCCCAUCACCAUCAUCAUGGCCAUGCCCAUGCUCAUUCCCAUGCCCAUCCGCACGCACAUCAUCCCCAUGCCCAUGUCCAUGCCCAUGCCCAGGCCCAUGCCCAUCAUCCCCAUUCCCAUCUGGCACAGCAGCAGCAACAGCAGCAGCAGCAGCAGCAACAGCAACAGCAACAUCUUCAUCAUCAUCAGCAGCAACAACAGCAACAGCAGCUUCAUCAUCAUCAUCAGCAACAUGGCCAACAUCAGCAACAUUCGACGGCAGUGGCCGCUGUGACAAAUGCAGCAGCCUCAGCGCCUCGUUUGUUGCUGCAACUGGACGUUGCAACUGUCCAGCAACAGCAGCAGCAGCAGCAGCAACAGCAACAGCAACAAAUCGUUGCCGCUGGCAAACGCAGCAAAGUUUAUCGAGGUCCCGCAACCGUUCAAAUGGUUUCCCAGAGUCGACCGCCGCCACCGAUGACGGUGCCCGUCCAGGUGCCGCAGUACGUCAGCGAGAACGGGACUGUGACCCACGUGAUGCUGUCGCCGCAGCAGUACCAACAGCUCCAUCCCGGACAGGGACACCUCCAUCCACAGCCAUUUAUAAGCGCCAAUGGUACAGCGCAUUUCUAUACGCCGGCAAUGGCCGGCUAUCCACCAGGUCCUGCUGGCAACGGACCACCGCACUAUCAUCUGCAGCAGCCACAGGGUGCACCGCAGCAGCCACCGCCCAGUGUGGGAGGCGGAGGGGGACCGCCGCCACCUGUGAAUGCUGCACAGCAGCAGCCGCCGCCAGUCCACACACAUUCCCCGCACUCGCCGUCGCCGCCCAACUAUCGGGAUGAGCGCAGCCAGAGGCAGCAUACGAAGCUGCUGCGGAAGCUGGAGAAGCAGAGGGAGUCCAAUCCCGCCUUGUCCACGCCCACACAUUCGCCUUCGCUGAGGGGUGUCAACGAUCUGAAUGGCCAUCACACCAACAACAACAACAUUCCGGUGGGUGUAUUGCCCCUGCCACCGCACCUCAACAAUCAUCAUCACAUGAACAACAACAGCCACUUGCACAACAACAACAAUCAUGUGCGUCGCCUCGCGCAGCAGCAGCUGCAGCAACAACAGCAGCAGCAGCCGCCGCAGCCGCUGACGCAGAGGAACGGCAAUCCCAAUGCCACGCAAGGACCAGCCACGCCCCUGCCCCAGCGAACGGGCAGCAGUGUGGGCGGCGCCAGCUCGGUGGGCACAUCGGAGGAUGGCGAAGACAACUCCAGUCUGGCCGGAGAGGAUGAGGAAGACUACCAGUCGACGAUUGUGGAGCAAAUAUCGGCGAUUGAGAAGCCCGAGGUGAUUGACGUGACCUCGAAGGCAGCGAAAAUCAUCUGGGAGUCGCCCGUCAUCACCGAUGCCUUGCUCAUCAAUAUGCACGAGCUGCACUACCAGGUCCUGCUCAGCGACUCGGGCAAACAGUGCAAAUACAAGAGUCUCUAUCGAGGCGAGGCCCACGAAUGCAUUGUCCAGGAUCUGCAGCCGGGACAGGACUAUCUGGUGCGACUGCAAGUCCACUACCAGAAGCUGCAGGGCACCGUCAGCGAGCCGACAGAGUUCCGAACGCCAGCCUGCGAGCCGGAGCCGCCGCUGCCCCCCAAACUGGUGUCGCGCACCAAGAGCUCCAUUAAUCUGCGCUGGGCUGCACCGCCUGCGAAUGGCGCAACCAUUCAGCACUAUCUGCUGGAGUACGACGAGGGCAAGGGCCAGCCGCUCAAGUUCGUGGAGCUGGCCAAGAUCAAGGCCAAGCACUAUGUGAUCAGCAAGCUGCAGGCCACGACUGUCUACAGCUUCCGCCUGGCCGCCGUCAACGAGGUGGGCAAGUCCCCGUACUCGCUCAUCAGCAGCUACAGCACCGCGGGCAAUCCCCCGGCCGCGCCCAAGCCCCCGCAGCUGCACUCGAGCAGCCCCAGCUCGCUGAAGCUGUUCUGGGAGAGGCGCACCCAGGACGGGGACUUCCUGCUGCAGCUGCAGGAUGCAGAGUCCGGACACGGCUACCUGAACACCUACAAGGGUACCGAUCUCCACUACGAGUGCCUGCAGCUGCGCCGGGCGUGCAGCUACCAGUUCCGUCUCCGAUCCGAGAACGAGGCCGGAGUCUCGCCCUGGUCGCCAGAGGUCAGCUACCGAACGGCCGCCGAGCGUCCGGGCAGGCCGGGCAAGCCGAGUGCCAAGGGAAAGAUCCAUGGCACCCACUUCAAGGCGCGCUGGGACACGCCCUCGGACACCGGCGGAGCGAGCAUACUUCGCUACCAUCUGGAGCUGAGUUCGGGGCCCGUUUUCGAGCGCAUCUACAGCGGCUCCGAGUCGGAGGCCAUGUGCGAGCGCCUCCAGCCGGGGACCACCUAUCAGCUGCGUGCCUGCUGCGAGGGUCCCGCCGGUCAGAGUCCGUACUCGGACAUCGGACAUGUCACCACAGAGGCUGUGGCCCCGGCGGCCCCGCCUCCGCCGUACUCCAGUGACCCGCCCUCGCCGUAUGCAGCACUCCUGAAGCUCCUCCAGCCGGACUACAAUGGCGGCGCCCCCAUCCUAGAGUUUGAGGUUCAAAUGCGCCGCUUGGAGCAGGUGCAGCCACCCCACAUCGUGUACAGAGGCAAGCAGGCGUACUUCGUGGCCCAGGAUCUGGUGCCGGGCGGCAUGUACGAGGUGCAAGUGCGAGCCAUCAAUCGCAUCGGAGCCGGCAACUGGUCCCAGUGGAUGAAAUUCACGGCCGCAGCAGCCGCACCUGGCGUACCCGAGGAGCUGCGAGUGCUGGUCAAGUCGGCCACCCAUCUGAGUGUGAGCUGGCAGGCGCCGCUCCACGAGAACGGAGCCCCAGUCACCAACUACAUCCUGAAAAGUGCCAGCCAAGAGAAGCGCAGCGAGGAGCCGGACCAGGACCAGGAGCCCCUGAGAGAGCCACCCAGCACGGAGUUCCACAACUGCUACCAGGGAGCACAGACGUGUGCCGAACUGAGGAACCUCGCACCCUUCACACGCUACUUCUUCCGCAUCCUGGCCAGCAAUGCCGCCGGCUCUGGCUCCGCCUCGGAGGUGGUGAGCGUAAGCACCCCGGCCGCCGUGCCCGGCGCACCCCAAAUGCAGGGAUACGAGUUCACCGCCCAGGAGGUGACCCUCAACUGGACCCAGCCGGCGGCGCACGGCUCCCCCAUCUGCUCGUACAACAUCGAGUACGGAGAGCGGACCAUUGCCACACCGGAUGCGUGCACCCGGUACACAGUGACGGGCCUGAUGCCCGAGACCAGCUACAAGUUCCGCGUCCAGGCCGUGAACGCCAUCGGAGCCGGAGCAUUCAGUGCCUAUGCAAAGCUGACCACGCAGCCGGCGCCACCAGCUCCACCGCGCCUCGAGUGCAGCGGAGCGGGCCACAACUACAUCAAACUGAAGUGGGGCGAGGGCGGACCGGGCGGCAAGACCAAUGGAGCAGCUGCCGGCGGAGGCGCCGACUUCACCAAGUACUUUGUGGAGAUGUACGUGACCCGGGCGAAGCAGUUCCAGGCCGUCUACUCCGGCACCAAUUGCAUGUGCAAGGUGCACAAGCUGCAGGAGCGCAGCAGCUACACCUUCCGCAUCUACGCCCACACGGACAGGGCUGGGGACGGCGACUACUCCGAGGACUACGUGUUCGAGACGAGCGCCACGCUGCCGGCCAACAUCAAGCCGCCGCGUGUGGUGCACGAGAACAGCGUGUGCCUGAUGGACCUGCCCGGCCAGUUGGGCAUGCAGCUGACCCUCGAGUGGCAGCACUCAAAGAACUCCUUCCACGACCGUGUCGAGUACGAGCUGCAGUACGCGGUCCUGGGAGCCGCCGAGCUGGAAACAGAGACGCCCAAGGGACGGAGCAGCAGCUCCAGCGGCAGCGCCAGCGGAGCUCCCCUCAAUCUGGCCAACCAGGACUACCGUCAGCUGUACCGCGGCCCCGAGACCAAGUUCACCAUCGACAAUCUAGCCGCGGGUACCUGCUACCAAUUCCGCGUGUGUCCCGUGCGGAUAGCCUCCGGCGGAGAGCUGCUCUACGGGCAGCCGUCGAGUCCGCUGCGGUAUCAGGUGCCCAGCGAGCUGGAUCCCAGCUCGGCCACCUGCCACCACCUGCAUGGCUCCACGUCCCCCAAUACGGCCACACACUCGCAGCGGAGCAGCCGGAAGCUGUCGGCGGGCAAUGGCUCCACCAAUGGCCUGCACCUGAGGUCCGUGAGUGCCUCGGCCAUCAGUGGCUGCAGCGGCGUGGGAGCCGAUCCGCUCGCCAUCGGCCGGCUGCAGCAGGAGCUGUCGAGCUUCAACGCCUGCGGCGAUCCACUGCGUCAUCAUCAUGGAAAUGAAUCCGCAAUGAGAUGUGAAAUGGCUCACUUUCACCAUCAUCACCAUCAACCGUGCGGCGGAGAUGGCAACGCUUCGUCCGGCUCCUCCACGGCGGGCUCCAGCUGCGCCGGCUCCAAUCUCCUUCUGCGCGGCAACCACAUGCAUCACACGCACCAUAUGCACCACUCCCAUCACAUGCACCAUGCCCAUCAUCCGCACGGCGGCGGUGGCGUCGGUGCCAUCAGCGGGAGCUCCUCCACGGCCAUCUCCGCAAGACUGGCCAGCCAGGGCGGCACCCUGCGUCGCUUUGCGGCCAAGAUGACGUCGCUCUACUGCAACCGGAAGCGGCUGAGCGACCAGCAGAAGGCCGUCUGCAUUGUGGUUUCAUUCCUGUUUGUCACCAUCCUGGCGGCGAUGCUGGUCAACAUGCUGCGCGGCUAAAGGCGCCCUCGCCCUCCAACUGGAACAUGCAACACGCGACAUGCAAAUCGAAAACUGAAAGAAGAGUAAGGAAAAUGAUAAAAAAACUAAAAAAAGAAAAACAAAUGCACUUUAUGUCUCAAAGAAGUGAUUCAAACAAUUAGUUGUAAUUAUGUAUUUUGUAUAUAAGCAAAAUCAAAAGAAAUCAAAUUGUAAAUUGUCUAAUUUUAAAGAAACAAAACAAGCAACCAACCAGCAGAAUAAGAACAGAAAAACCUAGAAGAAAACACACACAAUAAACUGUAUUUAAAUGUACACAAAAAAACGAAACUAAUACAUUCACACGUCUCGUCUAAAUGUUUGUAAAUGUUACAAUAAUGGUAUUUACUUACGAGUAUAUGUAAUAUUUGUUGUUGCAAAAAUCGAUGUCACAAAACGAAACGAAAGAAAAGGAAAAGCUAAAGUAAAAGCAAAAGAAUAAUCUCCAUAUGUGCUAUAUAAAGAACUUUGUAAACCCCCCUCUGUAAGGCUCACGAGUACUUGUCAAACCUGUUCCGAAAUGCUUCUCAAACUGUUCAUUUUUUGCGCGUAUGCAGGCAGCUUUGGCAAGAUAUUUGCAUUUGCUCGGCGACGUGUAAAACUAGCAUUUGGUGGCGUGCCCCAGCGCCCUGAAAUACUUAUACAUUCUUGAACCACAUCCGAAUUUUGAAAACAAGUCAGACACACCAUAGGAUUGUAAAUAAUAUAUGUAUCAGGCUACAUCCAUCUAGAAAAGAAACUGAAUAUUCCAAUGAAGGUGGGAAGUUCCACAGCAACACUCGAUGACAAGGUAUAGGGGGCCGCAAAGAUAGUAGAGCAAAUGCAAAACGAUUU